AUGGCUGCCCUCCGUAAGAAGCAUACAGAAAGCAUAGCAGAAAUCACAGACCAAUUGGAUGCCAUGCAGAAGAUGAGAGCGAAGCUCGAAAAGGACAAGGUGCAACAGCAACGGGAAAUCGAAGAGCUACACUCUGCUAUUGAUUCUGAAUCCAAGCAGAGACAGAAUGUUGAGCGCCUUGCUAAACAGCUUGAGAGUCAGCUCACUGAUAUGACCCUGAAGAGUGAUGAACAAGCCAGAACUAUCCAAGAGCUCACAAUGUACAGAAGUAAACUACAGGGAGAGAAUAGCGAGCUGAACAAGCAGUUGGAGGAUGCUGAAUCGCAGCUGGCUGCUGUUAGUCGUAUAAAGCAACAACUUCAUGCUCAAGCUGAGGAGGUUCGUCGACAACUGGAACAAGAAACCAGAGAGAGACAACAGAUACAGAUGCAGGUCCUUACCCUUCCACAUCUCAUUGGUUAUCCAUAG